UGCUUUUCCUCUGGGUCAGGGCUGUGCAGUGUUCAUUGGGAAACAGCUUCCAAGAGAAAAGGGUUGUCCCUCACAACCUUCCAUGUGUUUUCUUGUUUGUUUGUCAAGCUUCUGGUAAAGAAUUCAUGUCUCUGGAGACUGUCAUAAUGAACGAAAAGUAACCUGCAAACAUCCAGUGACAGGGCAGCCAUCACAGGACAACUGUAUUUUUGUUGUGAAUGAGCAGACUGCUGCAGCAAUGUCAUCUGAAGAAAAGAAGGAGCGACCAGUAAGCAUGAUAUGUGAAGCAACUAACUAUAAUCUGACAUCAGAUUAUGCUGCUCAUCCAAUGAGCCCUGUGGGCAGAACAUCACGAUCUUCAAAGAAGGUUCAUAAUUUUGGAAAGAGAUCGAACUCCAUAAAGAGAAAUCCUAAUGCACCAGUUGUCAGACGAGGCUGGCUCUACAAACAGGAUAGCACUGGGAUGAAGCUGUGGAAGAAGCGCUGGUUUGUGCUCUCAGAUCUCUGUCUCUUCUAUUACAGAGAUGAGAAAGAAGAAGGAAUACUGGGGAGCAUACUUCUGCCUAGUUUUCAGAUAUCUGUGCUGACUGCUGAGGACCACAUUAACCGCAAAUAUGCCUUUAAGGCAGCUCAUCCAAACAUGAGGACCUAUUAUUUCUGCACAGAUACAGGGAAGGAAAUGGAGUUGUGGAUGAAAGCCAUGAUAGAUGCAGCACUUGUGCAAACAGAGCCUGUGAAAAGAAUGGAGAAGUUCACUGUUGAAAAUACAUCACCUCGAGAGGCAAAUAAUAUUUCAAACCACCGGGUGCUAAUUAAGCCAGAGGCACAAAAUCACCAGAAAAACAAAGAAGCGAACAAAAACGAGGAGAAGAAAGCUUUGGAAGCCGAAAAAUACGGAUUCCAGAAAGUCGGGCAAGAUAAACCAUUAACAAAAAUUAACAGCGUCAAGCUAAACCCUUUGGGCUCCGAGUACAGGACUUUGCCCAUCAGCACCGUUCCAGGGGGACACUUCAGAGCUGUCCAUCUGAAUGGAUCUGAGAGUAAAUCCCUGGGAGUUGUGCUGGCGGAUGCUGGAGAUGGGGCCCAUCACAACGCGGUGCAGGCGCAUGUGGAGUCCGAGCGGGUUAUGCAGAGAACCAAUUCCAUGCUGCAGCUGGAGCAGUGGAUUAAAAUACAGAGGGGGAAGGGGCAGGAAGAGGAAACAAGAGGAGGCAUCAUCUCCUACCAGACGCUACCGAGGAACAUGCCGAGCCAUCGAGCUCAGGUGCUGCCCCGGUACCCAGAAGGGUACAGGACACUGCCCAGGAACAGCAAGACACGUCCAGAAAGCCUCUGCAGUGUGGCUCCCUCGGCCUACGACCGAGCCAUGGGGCCCGUGAGCGCCGAGGACAAGCGGCGCUCGAUGCGCGACGACACGAUGUGGCAGCUCUACGAGUGGCAGCAGCGCCAGUUCUACAACAAGCAGACCACUCUCAGCAGGCACAGCACCCUGAGCAGCCCAAAAACCAUGAUCAAUAUCUCUGAUCAGACCAUGCACUCCAUUCCCACGUCCCCCUCGCACGGCUCCAUCGCUGGUUUCCAGGGAUACUCCCCGCAGCGGACGUACCGAUCGGAAGUGUCGUCGCCGGUGCAGAGGGGAGAUGUGACCAUCGAUCGCAGGCACAGGACACAUCACACAAAGCAUGUCUUUGUGCCUGAGAGAAGGUCGAUGCCAGCAGGUCUGAGUUUACAGCCUGUUACUCCUCAGAGCCUCCAAGGCAAAACACCGGAGGAGCUGACGCUGCUGCUCAUAAAGCUGAGACGGCAGCAGGCGGAGCUGAGUAGUAUCCGGGAGCACACACUAGCACAGCUCAUGCAGCUAAAGCUUGAGGCCAGCAGCCCAAAGAAUGAGAUUCUUUCACAUCACCUUCAAAGGAAUGCCAUAUAUUUGGAUCACCAGUUAACACAAGAAGAAUGUAGGGGUACACUAUACAAAUAUAGAACUGAAGAGCUGGACAUUGAUGCUAAGCUUAGCCGUUUAUGUGAACAGGAUAAAGUUGUGCAAGCACUGGAGGAGAAGCUUCAACAGCUACACAAGGAGAAAUACACGCUUGAGCAAGCUUUGCUAUCAGCAAGUCAGGAGAUAGAAAUGAAUGCAGAUAACCCAGCAGCCAUACAAAAUGUAGUGUUGCAGAGAGAUGACUUGCAGAACGGACUGCUCAGCACUUGUCGGGAAGUAUCCCGAGCCACUGCAGAGCUGGAAAGAGCUUGGAGAGAAUAUGAUAAAUUGGAAUAUGAUGUAACUGUAACAAGGAACCAUAUGCAAGAGCAGCUCGAUCGGCUUGGAGAAAUUCAGACUGAAUCAGCAGGGAUACAGCGUGCCCAGAUUCAGAAGGAGCUGUGGAGAAUUCAGGAUGUCAUGGAGGGUUUACUUAAACAUAAACAGCAAAGAAGCUCUUCUGAGGCAGGCAUCAUGGUAUCAAGGACCUUUUCUUCUAUUAAAUAUAAAAAUGAGGAAGAGGAAGUAGUCCCACCUCGUCCUCCACUCCCUCGGUCCUAUGACUUUACAGAGCAUCCUCCCAUAAUCCCCCCUCUGCCCAGUGAUAGCAGCUCCUUGCUCUGUUAUAGCAGGGGCCCAGUACAUCUGACAGAAGAAAAGAAGAUGUACCAAGUUCAAGGAUAUCAGAGAAAUGGAUCUUACUGUGGUCCUGAUUAUAGGCUUUAUAAGAGCGAACCCGAGUUAACUACAGUAGCAGAAGUGGAUGAGUCAAAUGGUGAAGAAAAAACAGAACCAAUUUCAGAAUCAGAAUCUUCUGCUAAAGGCUCACAUUUCCCUGUGGGAGUUGUACCACCCAGAACCAAAUCCCCAACGCCAGAGUCCUCAACAAUAGCAUCCUACGUCACUUUGAGGAAGAAUAAGAAGAUAGAUCUAAGAACGGAAAGACCAAGGAGUGCAGUGGAGCAGCUGUGCCUUGCAGAAGGCUCCCGGCCUCGAAUGACUGUGGAGGAACAGAUGGAAAGAAUAAAGAGACACCAACAAGCUUGUCUGAGGGAGAAGAGGAAAGGACUCAAUAUUAUUGGUGUUUCAGACCAGUCUCCUUCCCAGAACUUGUCCUAUGUCAGGGAUAAUCCAUUCAAAUUGGCACAGAAUCGGAAAAAGGACGAUACAGUAUUGGGGAACAUGAAGGAGCUAGAGAACACCAGUAGAGAAAAUAAUUUGAAACAAAAUAAUGGAAGUCCUGGAGAAGAAAUAGCACAACUGAAAAACGAUGGAGAACAAGAACAUAAUUCAAGUUUUACUAAAGAGCUGUCAAAAACUGAUGAUCUUUUAUCAGAUGCACAUGUUGUAUCUGACUCAAAAGAAGUGAGUAAUGAAGAGAAGGCAGAAAAGAAAAAUAAAUUGGAAGAAACACAUGAUGGUGAUAUAAGUUUUCAGAGUGUGACCACAGUUGCAAACCACAAACCCAAAACCAGCUCAGAAGAAAGUGAAAUACUUAGUGUUCAAGAACAAGAAGGGAUUGUGUCUUCAUUUGAAUUAGCAGCACAGUCUUCAAAAGGAAAUCAGGCAGCAGCAGUGAAAAGUUUGCCUUCUUCACCAGAAUCGUCCUUGUCACCAGCUCCAUCCACACAGACACAGCUCACAGAAGGAUCACAUUUCAUGUGUGUAUAGUUACAGACAACACCAACGGCUUCUGUUGAAACAAUUCAUGCCUGAGAUGUAUGGACCUGACCUAUGAAAAUAUGAGAAGAUAUUGUACAGUAUAUUUUAAAUCUAUGAAAUUCAUAGUUCUGAUGCUUUUGGCCACAGAGCAUCGUUUUAUCACUUCCUGGAAAAUGUUUAUUCCAAGAGAGCUUUAAAUGGCCCACACGUACACUCAACAACCUUCAGAUUGUUCUCCUGAUACCAGCUUGCUGCUACGAUUUCUGUGCACAUAAAACAAAGGCUCUUCUUUAAUGUGCACCCUACAGUCAGAACUUUAUUUGCUGUUCUUCAGAAUUUAAUGCUCUUUUAAUGAUGGAUCAUAUAAGUUUACUUUUUUUGCUUCUUUUAGAUGCAUAACUCGGUUAAUUUUACAUAUCACCACUAAACCUUGUUUUACACUUUUUAAACAUUACAAUUUAUUGUUUUAACAAUUUAUUUGUAAAAUUUUUAUAUAUAUAUAUACAUAUAGAUAUAUUUAAAAUGUGCCAUUUUUAUUAUUGCUUAGUAAAAGAUGUCCUGUUUCUGCUGUAAUGAUUUCUUGGUCAGGUUGCAAUGUCAGCAGUUACUGCCACACUUCUGUCAACAUAGACAUUAAUGUUAGUGGUUACUUUUUCUUGACUAAAAUGGAGUGUAGGUAUUUUGAGGUACUGGGCUUUUCCUUCAUGGGGUUAGGGUGUGUACAGCAAUAAGCAGGUUUUCAAUCCAGUACUUAGUUUGUGUACAAAUGUAAUUAUGUUCAUUGUGUAUAUAUUAUACAAUGAGCACAUACAAUGUAAGUAUAAGAAGCCACUUAUUAUUGUUCAAAUACGAAUGUUCAUAUCCCAUUUCUUUUAUAUCAUAUUAAAUAAAUGUUGAUGUUCUUAAGGACUUGUAUGGUUAGUAUUUCUUCCAGCAAACAGAUGUCACACUGUGUUCCACCUUUUGAUGUGGGGAAUGCAAUUCCUAUCCCAUUGGCAACAUCACCUGUCAACCAGAGUAGCAGUGACAGACUCUUAAGAGAUCCCAGUCUUCCUCUUCGGGAGAGAAUUAAGGCUGCAACACAGAACAAAACAGACAACGUGAGACUGAGAUGCAAGAAAUACAGGUUCAGCUCCUGGCUCUCCCAGAGUUGUGUUGUGAUACUGGAAUAAUCACUUAGUCAUUCUGCACCUCCGUUCCCUGCCUGUUUACACGGGAGGUAAUAGCCUGUCUUAGUGGGGUGUGGUGAGCAGUAAUUCAAUAUUUGCAAACGCUGAUUGCCAGGUUCAGUGGGGUUAAGGAGAGAUGUGUGAUGAUUCCUGGAGGCUUUGGCAUCUGCAUAGAAACUGAAAGAAAACCUGAAAUGAUCUGUCGAGUGUUGUCACACUACAGAUGUUACCAGCUUCGCUGUUCCAUCUCACACAGCUGCCUGAAUUUGCCUGAGACAAAAGAGGUUUAGAAAAUAAUUAAGAGAAACAAAAAUAUUUUGGGGAAAGCUUUUGAAUCUAGAAUGUAAAGCUAAGGAAUCUUUUGCAGGUUCAGGCAACUGCUGUGUGCUUCAGUGCAUGUGUGUGCCAUAAGUGGUAAGGCAAGUUUCACAGGAAGGCAGCUGCCAGCUCCUGUUGGGCUUUUUUUACCUUACAAAUCAUAUCCUGAUCGAGUUAAUAUUGCUGUUCUAGAAACUAUAUAAUUCAUGGUGCUCUUCCAUAGAGAAGUGCCUGAUACUGUCACACAGUGUGAAAUUACUUUACCAUUGCCCCUCUCCCCAAGUAGAAGUUUGUGUUUGUCGGAUUCUUUUGGCACUCCCAGCUCUGCCAGCAGUUCUCUUCUUCCUGGUGCUCUUUGCCACAAAGAUACAGAGUAUCUUGUCUGGCUACCUGUUCUCACUUUUUCUCUGAAAAGUAAAAAAAUAGGGAUCAGAAUUCAGCAGCAGAGCCUGGAGGGGUCACAGUGAAAGAGGUGGCUGAAGAAAAGAUGAAUGAUGAUGCAGGCAGACAGCAUGGAGCUGAAAAGUUAUCAAAUUGCCCUCUAUUUUUGGAACAGCAGCCCCAAAUUAGUGCAUCCUUCCAUCCAAAAGAGCAAAGAGGAAUGUGAUUUUAUUGCUCAACCAACCAAGGCUUAAGUUCAGUGGCAUCACUGGAACACCUGAGGCAAAGCAAAUAGGACACACCCUGUUCUCUCCCUAACCCUUCUAGAGAGAGCUCUUUGCUGACAAGUUUUGCAAUCUCUUUCUGCCCUUGCUGCAGAGAAAAGAAUUGCAACCAAUAAAGGAAAGAAUGACUAAGUGAUUUUUGGACAUUUAUAGAUGUUGUCUAUGUCUAAAGCAGUUGUUGGUUUGGAAUAUCUGCAAGGAAAGGGCAGUUCAUAAUGGAGCUGGGCAAGGGGGGGGAGAAUGAGCAAGUUUUGCUGAUAGAACUGUUGGCAAAGACAGCAAAGGUGAAUGAUGCAGGAAUGUAAUAAUGAUCAUAGACUAUAAUUUCACUUCCUGUGGGCACUUGCUGCAAAUACUUGGAGUUUCAUUGGGUGCUCUAUUUUUCUGUCUUAUGGGAAAAAAAUAAUAAAUGUAUGGCUUUGUGUUAUCACAGAGCAUCUACUCUCUUACCUCAUCAGAAUAACUCAUCCCAGUGAUCGUACUCCUGAGAUAUAGAAAUAUCAGAAUACUGAUAUGGUCAGCCUUCAAACAUCUAUUUUAAGUUUGUAUCUAGGAUAUUUUUAUAUUUCUGACUGAUUGCUUUAUUGGCUAUUGCACUGACACUUGUAUAUAUGGAACGUGCUUUUUUUUCAAAAGCGAGGGUCCUUAGGAAUAAUGCAACACAUUCUCUACAGAUGUUCAUGCUUUUCAGAACCAAUUACAUCUAUUUUUGUCUUUUGUUCACCAUUUGCAUUGUUCCAAGGCUACUAGAGAAUGUGAUUCUUUUAAAUCCCUUAAUAAAGUGACAUUACUCAAAAAGUUAUA